UAAACACAUGUUCAUGCAUUUUAUACGGUUUAAAUUUACGCUCAAGUGAUCAAUUUACCUGUAUAAAGUUUACCUGUGUUCAAAUUGAAAGUAGACAAUUGUUCAUUAAAUUAAUAUUAUCACAAAAGAUUUGGUUUAUCAGUCCUUAAGCAUAUAAGCUAUAAGCUUUAGCUAUGCAAUUGAACAAAAACUGUUGACUCGUCAAUUAUUGGAAGAAAGUUAGAGAAGGAACACCAGAAACUUCAAAAUCAGAAGAACAACUACCACUAACAGUGAACACGACAGCACUGUGCAUCAAUAUUGAUCAUGGCGUCGUUCCUGUCAGACGCCUACGAUUUGUUUUGGGACGAACGCUGGUGGUUUGGAUCCAAGAUAAAUGGAACAAAAUAUGGCUGGAAGGACCUUGAGAAUACUCCAGGAUCGGACGUGUAUUUUCCAAAGAGUGUGGAUCUACAUGGGGCCAUUCUUCUUGGGGUAUUCAUAGUGGUGCUCCGAUAUUUCCUUGACAAAUAUGUAAUAUAUCCCCUGGGGUAUUAUCUGGGUAUCAAGAGGAAACGGCCGCUGAAUCUGCCAACAAUCCCGGCCCUAGAAACUCUAUACAAACAUAAAGUUAAACCGGACAGCAGGGUGCUACAGGGUCUUUCAAAGCAAUUAGACAUGUCAGAGAACAGCAUACAGAAAUGGUUCCGUAUCCGUCAGAAGAUAGACAGAGUACCUAUGAUCAAGAAAUUUGCUGAUUGCUGUUCCCACUUCAUCUUCUACAGCAUCGCCUUCAUUUACGGAUUAGUGGUUUUAUGGGAUAAAACGUGGCUAUGGGAAACUGGGAAUUUUUUCCCUGGAUGGCCUAAACAGCACGUUGUUCCAGAACUUUACUAUUAUUACCAGAUGGAGCUUGGGUUUUACUGGGGACUUAUAUUCACCUUAUGCUUUGACCACAGACGUAAGGACUUUAUGGAGAUGAUAAUUCAUCAUAUUGCUACAAUGUUCCUCAUUUACUUCUCGUGGCAAAUUAACUUCGUGCGAACUGGGUCGUUAGUUCUGUUUGUCCACGAUGCUGCUGAUCCUUGGCUCGCGCUGAGUAAGGCAACAGAUUAUUUGAAAUGGGAUUCUGCCAAGACUGUUUGUUUUGUCACUUUCCUGGUUGUGUGGAUAUCAACUCGGCUGGUUUAUUUCCCGUUCUGGGUUUUACAUGCUACAACUUUCGGGAAUUUCCGUGAAGGUCAACUUGAACAAUAUUUUCCUGUAUAUUUCGUCUGUAAUGUACUAUUGUACACCCUUAUGGUUUUACAUCUAUUUUGGAGCUAUAGUAUUGGAAAAAUCGCGUUCAAGACUUUGGAAGCGAAUGGGGAGAUAAAAGACAUCAGAAGUGAUUUUGAGAACGAUUCCGAUUUCGAAAAGAAGUCGUGCAAUGUGCAUACGACUAACGACUGCAAUGGAAAUGCACACGAUCCAUGUAGCAAUGGAAAUGUCCAUUCCUGAUUGUACACUAAAAUAGACAACACAAUAUUUAUCACAUGCUAUACCUUGUUCUUGGCUUCGUGUAACAAUCACGUAUUGUUCUGUUUUACACAUGUGUAAUGUAGCAAUAUCACUCCGCACGUGUGCACACAAUUUAGUUUGACUUGCUUUACUGGUAGUAUUCAAGAAAAGCAUAAUUAUGUUUAUUUAUCAUUUCGUUUUUAAGUCGACUAUUCGAAGAAUAAUGGAGGGCCAAACUUAUCGCUUCGGCGUUGGCGUCCGGUUAAAGUUUUAGGGCAAGUUGGCAUUUCCAGUUAUAACUCCAAUUUCCUUCGUUCAAUUCACUUCAUACUUUACACAGUUGUUUAUGAUCACACAAUCAGAUUAUAUAACUAUAUAUCACCCCAAAUAUAAAUUAUGGUCCAGCAACUUAAGUGAACGUUUUAGGGUACGUUGUGUCUGGUUCAAGUAUUAGGGCAAGAUGUGAUAUUCACUGAUAACUACAAUACUCUUUAUUCAAUAACUGCAUACCUAACACAAUUGUUAACGACUAUUAUACGAUUAGGUUACACAACUCCAUGUUUUCCUUAAUACAAAUUAUGGCCCUUGAUCAAAUUUGGAUAAAGUUUUUGUGCAACUUAGUAUUUUAACUGAGAUGUCAAUACCGUUCAUUCAAUGUACUUCAAUCCUGACACAGUUGUUCACCGCCACAAAACCAUAAGGCCGGGUUUGAACUCAGACCUCAAACGCCAUUCAUUCAAUGGAGUUUAUGCGUCACACAGUGAUUACGACCAGCUUACAACUGUGUUACAUAACACCGUAUUAUCCUUUAUACAUAUUAUUGCCCUUGAUCGACUUAAAAUUUGGUUAAAAUUCAAGGGCAAACUUGAGUUUUGAACUCAGAUCUCAAAUACCGUUCAUUUAGUGGACUGCAUACAUGUGUUCAUGGCUAUCACAUUAUUAGGUUACAUAACUCAUUCGAUAAGGUUUCAUUACUCAUUCAAUGGUUCAGUUCACAUGGAUUAUUUUACUUAUAUGCUUGAUGUUUUAGUCAUAAAUAAUGUUGCCAUGUUUUAUACAUUUUAUAUAGAAACAAAUCUAUCUAUAUAUCUAACUCCAUAUCAACAUUAUUACAAAUGAUGGCCCUUGUUAAGACUUUUUUUACUUUUUAUAUUGUUAAUUUUUGACACUUUUUUGGAUUGUUUUGACAGGAAAUACAAAACAAUACAGCGUCCAAUUUUAAGGCAAAGCGUCGUGUAGUUAAGAAGGCUUUCCUCAGCUAUGAUUGUGAUACAGGUUUAUUUGAAUCAAGUAGUUAGCUUUAUUUAAAUUAUCAGAUGAAACCGUGAUACUUUAUUUGUUUAUUUGUUGAAAAAGAUUGUAAAAAUCUUUAUUCUUUUUGUAUUUAAUCAGAAAAAGACAUCAUAAACAUACUACAAAAUAACGACGUCACCGGAUGUGAGUUCACAUUGAAAAGAAAGGAAAUAUUGAGUAUUUAGUCUCGUUUCCUGAUAUAUCCUGAAUAUGCACCCAAUUUGGAAUGUAGUCUAUUUAUUAUGCCAAAUAUUAAACACGUUUUCCCUUA